ACAAUCUCCAAAAAGAUUUUUUACAGUGUGAGUUUCAUAUCUCACCACCAGACUGUUUUUUUUAAUCGUGCUUGUUUUUUGUUAUUGUUUUUUUUAGAAAGAGAGAAAAGAUAGUGUUAUUUUUAAAUUUCAUUUAUAUUAUUAUAUUUUUAAGUUAAUAGCACAUUAUGGUUAUAUCGUGUAAAGUUAAGAAUUGUUUUAAUCAGUGGUUACCAAAUAAUAAUGUGUCAUUUCACUCUUUCCCUUGGAAAAAUAAAGUACGCUUAGAAAUUUGGUUGAAAUCAAUACAAGUCAAAGGACCAGUAGGAAAAUAUUCUAGAAUUUGUAGCGAACAUUUUAAGGAAAUUGAUUUUGUGGAUGCACCAAUGAAUGUUAAUCGAACUUUGAAAAAAACGGCUGUGCCAUUUUCUUUCGAAAACAGUAUUAAAAUUGAAAGUCCUUGUGAAUCAACGCAUUCUCAAUUUGAAUCUUCGAAUGACGAAGACAAUAAUAAAGUAGUUAAUGAUUCUCAAAUAGAAGUAUUAAUUAAUCCAGAAAUACCAUUGAAUUUAAAAGAAGAAGAAGAAGUAGAAGAAGAUAAUGAAAUAAAUUCUACUUCUGCAUUGGAGGACUCGUUAUAUGUCGAACAAAAUACACAACAGCAAUGUACAGAACGAAAGGAAGAAUUUUAUCAACGAAAAAUUAAAAUUCUACAACAAAGACUAAAACGUAGAGACGAAAAAUUGAAAAAAUUAUCGACUAUUGUAAAUGCCAUGAAGAAUAAAAAUGAUUAUAAUGAAUUACUAGAAAAAGAAUUAAAAAAAAGAGGAUGCUCCGACUAUGUUGUGGAACUUUUUAGAAAUGAAAUGGACAAUGAAGGAAGGAAUAAAUCAGGUUUUCGUUAUACAGAAAAAAUGAAAAAAUUCGCUUUAACUAUUUAUUCAUAUUCUCCAGAAGCAUAUAGGUUUCUACGAAAGAAAUUACAUUUGCCAAAUGAAUCAAUGCUUCGAAAGUACAUUUUGCAGUCAUCUAACAGAGUACCUUUCUCAUCUGUAAAAAAUUCUAUUCAAAAUGGUUAGAAAUUGUCUAAUUGUUUCAGAUGUUUUCCAUCUUUGUUCAUAAUUUUGUAUAAUAGUAGAGAUUCGAUGGGAAGAUUUUUCAGCAGUUUGAGUUUAAUAUUUCGCAAUUUAAAAGAAAAAACAAAAGUGUAUAAAGUUCGACAUUUAUUUAAAAUUUUAAUUAAGUUGUAAUGCUGGUUGUUUAAAUAAAUAAUUUUCAUAAAAAAAGA